CUCUCUCUCUCUUUCUUUCUUUAAUUCUUCCGUUUUCCUUUCCUCGAGAUUGAUCCUUUAAUCCUCUCACAUACUGUCGACUAAACAACACCUUUAAUACUCCUCUCAGUCCUGGCCUCAUCCUCAUUCUCAUUUCAUUCUCAUCCUCUCACAUUACAGUCCUUUCAGACACUUCUCUCAUUUUUCUUUUGAACGACAGUUUUUCUAUUCAAUCUUCUCCCUCCAUUAUUCUUGUAACCAUGCCUCCCCACUCUGCAGCCACCCUCCUUCAGGCUUUGAGCCAAUCUGAUCUCUCCACCUUUGAUACCUUCCUUCACCAACAUGAGGAAUCCGACCAAAGAAAAGUUCAGCUAACCACGCCUGAAUGGAACAACACUCUUUAUUCAUUAAGCAACUCCUUGGGAAGUCUUAGUAAACCAACUAUAACCCAUCGCUUGAACGUUAAGACUCAUGUCUUUAAAAAGGAGUUGCAGGAAUAUGUUCCAACGCAGAUUGAAGACCGACUUCGUAUUGAGACUAUUGUCUACGUCGAGCUCUCGAUUGUCGAUCACGACAAUGCCUUAGUGAAUGCUUAUGAUUAUGCUCGUCUGCCCAAGGAUCUUUUCUUCACUCAGCCCGAUAAGCUUAUUUCACCCGAAGAGAUGGCGACCAAGCGCAUUAUCGACAUCACUGCCACUCUGCAGUGCCCCUCCAACAACUGGCAGGAGGAAAAGGAGGCCUGUCUGCGAUGUGCUCGUCGUAUGUCUACCAAGUUGGACCAGACUGAGAGUAGAAUCAUGCAUAUGCUUCCGGAGCUACACCGCACUGAAAAUGGUGAUGCUCUUAUUAGCUUUCGCUCUGGUGUCGCGAACAUCCAAUUUAAGAUCAACUGCUAUUGUGGGCACAAGAAGGAAAAGGAAGGCUUUGUCAUCCGCUUUGAUUCACAAUCGGACACCUCAAUCGCUUCUCAUGUCACCUUGCCGCUUAUGUUCUAUCAUCAGAAUAAAAAUAGAGUUGCGUCCCGUGCUCUUGCCGCCGCUGCCAAAGCUCAAGCCAAGACCGAACAGCAGCAGCAACAAUCUGAACAGAGUUCUGCUGCUCGUAACAUUGUCAAGUCUGUAAACUCGAAAACCAAACGCGAAUCUAGAACCAAAUCUGGGAACGGUCCUAUAGGUCAACAACAUCAAAUACCUUCGCCACCUAAUUCUUUACUUGAUUCUCCUGUUGAAUGGUCCUCGAGUCCCGAGUUGGACGAGUUCAUGGAUAGCACCGACACCCCCUUCACGGUGCCUUCGCCUCCUCCUCCAGACCCAUUGAUACCUCUCUUUCCUGAUUCUGUUGUCCAGGAGCAGCAGCAGCAGCAGCAGCCUACCAUCGCUCACAUCAGCCAUAUGACUCCCAACAGCGGACCCGUUCGUGGCGGCACCCUUGUUACUAUUCAUGGUUUCGGAUUUCCCGUCGGUGAGGUCGUCUUUGUUUGCUUUGGCGAGAACAUGGUUCCUAUCGUCGCACAACGCGACCACAUGCUUGAGUGCGUUACUCCUGCCGCAAAUAAGGCUGACACUGUCCCAGUCUUUGCCAUGAAUGCCAUCGAGACGAACGUCGCUCAGGCCACGUUCACAUAUGUUGAUGAUAAUGAGAAGGAACUCAUCAAACUCGCACUCCAGCGUAUGAUGAACAUCUCUGCUCGCAUAGAAGGUCCUCUCGACAAUGUUCUUAACCGUGCCAAUGAAUUCGCACUCUGGAGCGAUCUCUUGCAGGGCAACGAUGACUCAUUGCCUUCCUCUUCUGUGAACAGCGCUUACUCUAACCUCGAGAAGAUGGUUCUCAAGUCCUUUGAAAUCUUGGAUACGCCUGCAGGCAAGGAUAUCGAAGGUCUAUCGAUUGUCAACAGCACCGGCCAUACUAUGCUUCAUCUUGCAGUCGCACUUCAAUACGAAGCUCUUGUCAAGGAUCUUGUGCACCGCAGUAUUGACACAACAGUUCAGGACAAGAACGGUUUUACUGCUCUUGACUGGGCCCAUCGCUUGAACAACCUGGCCAUAGUAGAGUUGCUCACUACCUCGACUGAUGCCUCUACCACUGUUGCUGGCGAUAAGCUUACCUACACCACCAAGCACAAUGAGGCGGCCCUGCGCGCUCAGUCAUCGGUUAGUCCUGGCUCCUCGCCCUCCGCCACCGAUCAACCAGAUAUGGAUCACAGCGUUAGCGGCAUAACAGAUCAUGAUAUCCAAAUAGACAGGAUCACAAACAAAGACCUUACUCUGGAUCUAUCUGGCCAUCUGGAUCCACACUUGGAUGGAGAAUGGAAUAGCUUUGGUCAAGGUCCAGGAAAGGACGUACCUCUAGCCCGGGAGGGGAUGAUUAUGGACCAAGACGGACGACUCGCUAUCCAUCAAUGCCAACAGCCACAACAAGAUCUACCACAGUAUUGUGCAGCCCUUUCAGCAAUUCCCGCCAGGACUGAAGAUAGCUUGAUAGCUUGCGCCCCAGUUCAAGACAUCCAUUCUCCCACCCCACUGUCUCGCACUCUUCUAGUCGGCGAAAGAGUGGGUCAGGUUGGCCAUAUAGCGGAUAAAAUUAACGAAAACAUCCCUAUAGAGGGCCUCACAGCAUCCUACCCUAUAGUUAGCUUCGAUCAUAUUGCCCCUAUUGGUCAAGACAAGGAUGUAACUGAAGGGAGCACAGAAAACGUGCAAGGAAGCGGUGUAAUACAGCGUAUCCUUAGCACGGCCCGAGUGGAUGACUUCGUUUCCGGCGCUCCAGUAGCAACAACAACAUCCCCACCGACAACAGGUGUUGCUGUUGCUGUUGUUCGUCACCAGGAACAGGACAUUGAUCCCGACCGGUUCCAGUCCGUUGAGCCACAAUUUGAUCAAGCGAUGUCGGAAAGCGCGGUUCAACAAGGAGCUCAAGAAGGAGUUGUUGAUGUUCAUGGUGCUGACAACAACGAGGGCGGGUCGCGCAAUGCCGCCGUCACGCAGGCUCCAGUUCAGAGCCGAAACGAUGUUGAACCUGAACUAUUUUUGGGUGGUCUUCCAGUGACCUUGUCACCACGCUCGGUCCGUACUUCUGCAUUCACAGUAGCAGUGUUGAACAGAGACGAGAACAAUAGCAACAAUAACAUACAGCAAGAUACAUCUAAAUCAUCCGGAUCUAGAUCUCAAGACAGGGCAUAAGUAUUCGACAAUGCAAUAAGCAAUCGCUGUUGCUUUAGGUAGCGCUAACUUAUUGACUAAGCAUUAUACCCUAAUCCUGAAAAAGAAAAGAUCCUUGGGAGUUGUUAACGGCUGGAUCCGUUGCCUAUUUGUAUUAUAGCCCUCAUCAGCAUUUUUGCAUUUUUAACUUGUCUUUUUUUUUGCCAAUUAAAGCUUUUUUUAUUACAUUCUG